GUUUCUCUUUCAAACAAGCUUGGUUAGGGUUUGGUAGAUAACAGUUAAAUAAUUCGAUUUUUCAGUCGUUCCUUCUCCUUUAGAGAGUCGCAGCUGCCUUCGAAGACUCAAAUCGUCGUAGCCAUGUACGGAUCGAGAGGGGCAAUGUUGGGAAGCGGGGGGGUUUCGGACGGGUACGAGGUCGGCUCAAAGAGACCAAGAAUGAUGGACUCGAAUCCCUACUUCGCAGUGAGCAGCGGCACAAGUGGCUUUCAACCUUACAACUAUGGUGGGGGUUAUCAGCCCCCUGCCUUUCCUGUGGCCCGUCUUAGGGGGCUUCCUUUCAACUGCACUGAUAUCGACAUCUUCAAGUUCUUUGCGGGACUGGAUAUUGUUGAUGUGUUGCUGGUCAACAAGAAUGGACGCUUCUCAGGAGAGGCCUUUGUAGUCUUUGCUGGACCCAUGCAGGUUGAGUUUGCUCUUCAUAGAGAUCGUCAGAACAUGGGGCGGAGGUAUGUCGAAGUUUUCCGGUGCAAGAGGCAGGACUACUACAAUGCUGUUGCAGUGGAGGUAAACUAUGAAGGUAUUUAUGAUAAUGACUAUCAAGGAAGUCCUCCUCCAUCUAAAUCAAAGAGGUUCAGCGACAAGGACCAAAUGGAGUACACUGAGAUAUUGAAGAUGCGCGGUCUCCCCUUCUCUGUUAAAAAAUCUGAAAUUCUUGAUUUUUUUGGAGAAUUCAAGGUUGUAGAAGAUAGGGUGCAUAUUGCUUGCCGCCCGGAUGGAAAAUCUACUGGAGAGGCAUAUGUUGAGUUUGUUUCUGCGGAAGAGGCCAAAAAGGCAAUGUGCAAGGACAAGAUGACAAUUGGGUCGAGGUACGUGGAGCUGUUUCCAUCAACACCAGAUGAAGCUAGACGGGCUGAAUCCAGAUCAAGGCAGUGAUGAUCAGAGACUGUAAACUUUUUUUAUGUGAAAUUUCUGUUGUGGGGCUAAGACAUUUUUCUCUUUAGGUUAUAUACAAACAUUAUUUGUUAUCUUUUUAAAUGGUUAAAUUGAGGUCCAUAUGUGGACUAAAGGAACAUGUAGGUUAUCUUUACUAGCAUCUGCUACCACAGUUGUUGUGGUUCUACUUUC